AUGGACUUCUUCGACGGGCGAAACUACAGAGUCAAUAAAAUUCUGCUGUCGUCAAUCGGCUUGUGGCCCUAUCAAUCGCCCAGGACAUGUUAUAUUAUAGUCGUCGUGAUAGUGACUAUAGCCUGUACGCAAUGUUUCACUAAGAUAUGUGGCAUAUACGCCUAUAUUCACGACAUGGACGUCGUGAUCGAGUGCCUAAUUCCAAUAAUGGUCGAUGUGUCGGGUAUGUCGAAAAUAAUGAAUUCCAUGCUGUCCGCGAGUGAGAUAAAGGCGUUGUUCGAUCAAGUAAAAAAUGAUUUCUAUUUGCUGAGAAAUUCCAAAGACAUAGAAAUUCUCGAAAAAUACGCGGACCACGGUAGAAAAUUUUCAACUAUUUACGUUUGUGUUAUAUUCACGCUAACGGGAGUGUUUAUGUUGAUGCCACUCCAAUCGUUGAUUCUCGGAGUCGCCAACGGGACGACGACUCGGCCGUUGUUGCACAGAGUCGAAUAUUACGUCGACAUGGACAAAUAUUACUUUCCGAUCUUGAUUCACGGAUAUUUAACCGUUGUGAUCUGCGUGACGUCCAUUGUCGCGUGUGACGCGAUAUUUGUGAUAUUUGUACAGCAUGUUUGCGGAUUGUUUAUCAUAACCGGCUCGCGAAUAGAACGAGCGAUACAAGAGGAGCACGUGCCCGGAGAUGCCAAUCCUCCUGUUGUGAACGAUAAGCCGUAUCGAAAUAUGGUGCAGUGUAUUUACGACCAUCGAGCAGCUGUGAGUUUCGCCCGUUUCAUGGAACUUGCGUAUUCGAAUCACUUUCUGUUCCACGCCGGACUCAACAUGAUCGGUAUUAGCGUCACGGGUGUUGGGAUUGUAACAAAAUUAGACGAUAUGUCUGAGCUUCUUAGACUAGUAGCCGUCUCGUGGGCGAUAUUGUUCCAUCUGUGCUUUGAAUGUAUAAACGCUCAGAGAUUGAUGGAUUAUAGCGGAUAUCUUCACACUAAUCUAAUAAAUUUAAACUGGUACGACGCCUCGCCCAGAACGAGAAAGCUCGUUCUUUUUAUGAUGAUGAAAACGCAACCGCCUUGUGUGCUAACGGCCGGCGGUAUGUUCGUGUUGUGCAUGGAAACGUUUGCUACGAUCGUGAAGACCGCCGUGUCGUACUUCACCUUUCUACGAUCGGCGCAAUAA